AUGAAUACCAAUACCGUGGCUCUUCCGAACCAUCACGGAACGCAUAACGAUCACAAAGUCUAUAGUAUCACCAUCGUUGACCGACUGAUGCCAAGUGACCUUGACAGGAUCGUAACUGUGUGCCAGGUGAGCAGGAGACAACGACACACAACUGCUGGGGACCGAGCAUCCAGCACUAAACAACCCCAUGCUGAGGAGCGUGAGGGCCACCGUUGA